AUGCUGGCAUCGGAGAACUCGCGCGCGAGGGCGGAUAUGGAUCAUAGUUUUGCCGACGACCGAAUGGAACGAGCAUCAGUCAUGGUGCUUUUUACUUUAACUCCGGCCAUGGUGGCGGCCGUUAAAGAAUACAGAGCUCUGUCUCCUGCUCCCCCAGACCUCUCGACUACAGAAGCUCCUCUAGAUGAUCCUCAGGCCGGAAAGCCCAUAUCGCAUGGACAAAUUAUUGAUAUCCAUCGCAAAUUAAAGGAGGAGGGAUUCACGCGGAAAAUUUCCGACAACGGGAAGCCUCAAGCAGCUUAUCAUCUAGAUGAUCUACUACGUGGAUCUGCUAUUUAUGUGCCACCGCCCAAGCCUAAGCAAGAGCCCUCUUCAGAGUAUAAAGAGUUGAUGGCCCGCCUUCGACGCGAAGAGGAAGCGCGAGCGUACGAGCGGAUGGUUAACCCUCCUCUACCUAUCGAGACCUUUUCCCAGCGUUUCCCUACUUCUCAAGGUGGCACUCUUUUCCCUCCUGCUGUGACCGCUACCGAAUCGGAAGAAGACGAGAUAACGUACGAGGAAGUUCAUCGACAAGUGAUGCUUAUCAUAAAUAUCCUUGUUUCUAUUGUGGCCUGCGGCAUUGCAAUUUGGCUGAUCUCCAGUCAUUGGAGCACGCCACAGAGACUAGGUCUUAGCAUGGGAGGUAGCGGGAUUGUCGGGGUCGCAGAAGUGGUUGUAUAUGCUGGGUAUCUAAGGAAGCUAAAGGAAGCCAAGAAGAAAGAGGCGAAAAAUAAGGAGAAGAAGGAAGUGAUGGAUUCUUGGGUCAUCAGUGCCGAAAAGAAACGGACCAAAUCAAAAGGUGCUCGCCGGGCAGAUGCUCCGCCAUCAUUAAUGCAACUUGCAGAUGGAGACAAGGUUCGAAGAAGAAAGAUCUGGGCCAAAUAG